GUGACGUGCAUAGCUGCUCGGGACAGCUUCCAACUUCAUCAUUCCCUGCACACCUAAUAUAUUUGACCCAAAUACAAACUGACUGAAUAGCAACGUACAGAUGAUCAGAGUUUCAUCAGGAGCCCACACAUUUUUGGUUGCCUGCCGCUGCUGUUGAUUUGGUUGUGAACAAUGGCGUAAUCCAAGAUGGCGGCCAACCUGGCAGACGACACCGGGUUGCUGGUGACUGUGUGUAUUGUGUCUGUUACUGGAUUCUUCUUCCUGUGUUUCGUGGUGUUGUCUGUCGCCUGCAGCCUCUACCCCAACGUAUGUCACAAGCGGAAGUCCCUUGGGAAGUUUCGGGGAAGAGUCUGCAGUUUCAGGGGAGGAGGUGGUGAGGCUCUGGAGGGGUCCCUCUCUGCUUUCAAACAUUCUUCCUCGCUCGGAGCAGACUUCUUCUUCACUGUCAGGAGGACGAGAGAUGGUGAGAUUAUCGUUUACCCAGACGAGACUUUGAAGCGGUGUUGUGGCACCCCAUGGAAAAUAACAGACUCAUUAUACAGGGUACUGCCGUGGCUCAGGCCUCCCUUCUUCCUGCGGUAUCAGAAAGGAUUCGCAUCCCGGGGACGGCCGGAACCCAUUCCAACUCUUAGUGAAAUAUUUGAGAGGUUUCCUAAAUCCGCCGUAUUCAUCAACGUAAAAUGUGACGAUGUGGAUCACGCGUUGAUUGACGGGAUCGCCAAGCUGGUUGUGAAACAUAAACGUGAGACGACGACCGCCUGGGGGAGCCACAACACUAAGCUGAUCAACGCCCUCUACAACAAGAACCCCUUCAUCCCGUUGUGGGUGAACCGUCACCGGCGCUAUCUGUUCCUUGUGCUGUUCUACCUGGGUCUCCUACCCUUCACGCCUAUCAGGGAGACGGUGUUCCUCACCCCCAUGCCGCUACUGAUGCUGGACCCCCAGCGCGGCUUCCAGGUGGGGUACCUGCGGGGCUGGAAAACAUGGAUCAUUGACAAACUGAUGAUGAGCAGUGGAUUGUUCAAGCAUCUCAAGGCCAGAGGGAUACCGACAUACGUCUACUGUCUGAAUGAACCGCAUGAGUUUGACCGCGCGUUCCAGCUGGGGGCGACCGGCGUCAUCACCGACUUCCCCUCCCGACUGAAGGACCACUUGGACCGACUGGACGCCGAGAAGAAGGACCGUGAGAUGGAGUAGAACCGUGGACCAUCUGUGAUGUUGUGUCAUGAAUCAAUGGCUUUUCUUAGACAUUGUAUCUUGUAUCUUUUGGCCUCUCUGAGAUACUGUAUAUGAGAUGGUAUAUUAUGGAUCAUAUUGACUCCUCUGAGAUACUGGAUAUCAGGGACUUGACACCAUUUCUGAGAUACACUGCAGUGACUCUUAAUAUGCGCUAGGAACUUUUGUACCAUAGGAUCACAUUGCUCUGUACCAUGAUACAUGACGUGUUGAGCGACUGUACCAUGAUACACGACAUGUUGAGCGACUGUACCAUGAUACAUGACGUGUUGAGCGACUGUACCAUGAUACAUGACGUGUUGAGCGACUGUACCAUGAUACACCUUUGCUCAGUUCGUAUUCCAUAUUCAGCCUAUAACUGUUAUUGUAUUGUACCACGAUAUUCUAUAGUCAGUAACAUUGGUAGUUUUGUAUUCUGCAAAUAUAUAAAAUUACAUACGUGAAA